AUGGCCCCCCUCACUCGCUUCCGUGCCACCGACGAACACGUCCCCGUCCCGGCCCUAGCAGGCACCUACUAUGCCCAGCGCGCCUCCUCCCUACCCGGCACUCUUCUCGUGACCGAAGGCACCUUCAUCUCCCCCACAGCCGGAGGCUUCGAAAACGUCCCCGGCAUCUACAACGCCGCACAGAUCGCAGCCUGGCGGCAAGUGACCGACGCCGUGCACGCCAAAGGCGGGCAUAUCUUCGUCCAGCUGUGGUCGCUAGGCCGCGCGGCCGACGAGAGCGUGGCGACGAAAGAAGGGUUUGUGGUGCACAGCUCGAGCGCGGUGCCGAUUCCGGAUUCCCCGUCGGCGGCAACGCCUGUGGCGAUGACGAUCCCUGAGAUCCGCACGCGCAUUGCCGAGUAUGCGACGGCGGCGAAGAACGCGAUCGAGGCCGGGUUUGACGGCGUGGAGAUCCACGGCGCGAACGGGUACUUGGUCGAUCAGUUCACGCAGGAUACCUCCAACCAACGGACGGAUGAGUACGGCGGCAGCAUUGAGAACCGGUCGCGGUUCGGCGUGGAGGUGGUGCAGGCCGUGGUGGACGCCAUCGGCGCGGAGCGGACGGCCAUCCGGCUGAGCCCGUGGUCGCGCUUUCAGGGAAUGCGGAUGCAGGACCCGAUCCCGCAGUUCGAGGACCUGAUCCGCAAGAUUAGCGUGCACGGGCUGGCGUAUCUGCACCUGGUCCAGCGGCGCAUAGAUGGGAGCAGAGAUGCGCCGGAGUCGACGCCGGUGGAAGGGGAGAGCCUGGACUUCGCGGUCAACUUGUGGAAUGGUCCGCUUUUGAUCGCCGGGUCGCUGUCGCCGAACCAAGCCAAGUCCCUCGUGGAUGAAGAGUAUAAGAACAAGAACGUGCUCGCGACUUUUGGACGCUAUUUCAUCUCCACCCCAGACCUCCCUUUCCGGAUCAAGGAGGGCAUCCCCUUGAAUAAGUACGACCGCAGCACCUUUUACUUGCCCAAGUCCCCCGUCGGAUACAUUGAUCAGCCGUUCAGCAAAGAGUUUGAGGCCUUGCACGGGGCGCAAAGUGUCAAGUUGUGA